ACUAUCCGUCUUUUAUGUUUUUCUGGUGAAUUGCCCAGCACCCGGGCCAGUCGAGUGGGUUCACUCAACUCUUCAGCUACUGCUUGUAGUUUCAACCUCGAACCAUCAUCAGUGAUUGGUGCCAUAGAAACUAAUGUUGCCACCGGCACUGCCAAUGCACUCGAGUUGCCUUUAGCACAAGAAACGGCAAGAGAGACACGCAAUCGCCUCCUGGCUGUUGGACAUGCCUGUUUAGCCAGCGCCUCUGCCUGCAUAGCACACGCUUUGGGGGAAAGAGAUGUCAAAAAAGCCUCUCUACGCUCAGAAGAUCCCCAGCAGGUAUCAACCGAUGUAGACCAGCUUUUGACCGAAGUAUGCAAAACUUGUCCCGAACAGAUGGAAAACAAUUGUUAA